AUUUUUUACAACCUUGUCUCUCUCGAACUAAUAAUUUGCCUGCGGAUACAGACAUUGAUUCCUUUGAAGCAAACAUGGCUGGUGGCAAAUUCCUCACUCUUCUCCAUGCUUCUUCACGAUCUUCUUUGGUCAAACCCACUAGGCCAUUCUUCUACAACCCCAUUAAGAAUUAUGGUCAAGCAAACAAGGACAAACAUGGGCGUUUGAUGGAAGAGAGGGCACCUUCCACUGCUGAAGAAUUCAAGAGAGUUGCAGAGGAGAAGGCCAAGGAAUCCCAACAAGGGGUGGCAAGUCAAACUGCUGAUAAGACAUAUGAUGCUGCUGAAGAGGUUACUAUAGGUAACUCAAAGGUUGAAUCAGUUAAGAACAGGUACAAAGAGCAUGAACCUGGGUCUGAUUACCACAGGAGGGGUGAAUAGGAACCAACUCUGAGUCAUAGCUGUAUAUGCAGCCAGAAUAAGUGUUGUCUUAUUUUCCAAAAAAUGCUUGUUUAAUUGUCAGUGCUUUUGCAGCAGAAAGAGACCAAACAAUUGAAAGCUUUAUUAAUUGUUUAUUUAUUAAAAUCAUGUCAACUCAUUGCAUCUUAAAAAAAGUAUUAUGUGUAUGAUUGUAACUCGUGAAUAUGCAACUCAUUUGAAAUUCUGGGUUUUGGUUGAUUAAGAGAGA